UCGUUUGAGGGAGCUGAAAUCUGGUGGUUCGGUUUAUCGUGACCCGUCAUCUCCAUUGAGAUCAGUGACAAGUUCUCAAAUGCCCUAACAAUGGCGUUCCAAAUCCCACACAAUCUAAUUAACGAACUCCAGAUCUCACUUCGGAAACGAGCGAACCUCUCUUCCUAUGAUCCGGACGAUCCUUCACUGCCUGAUCUCCCAUCGCCUGAAGAAUCCAUCGCCGCGCUCGACCCCUCGCCGCCGUACCUCCGGUGCAAGCAUUGCAAAGGCAGGUUGCUUAGGGGAAUAGAGUCACUGUUUUGCGUUUUCUGUGGCAGAGAACAGAGCAAGGACCUGCCUCCUGAGGCCAUCAACUUCAGGAACACUUUGGGGUGUCGUUGGCUACUUCAAUCCCUCGAAUUAGAUGGAUCGGAGAUUGUAGGACCAUUCUCUCAAGCAAAUGAAUCAAGCAGAAAACAGAAUGCAACAGAAGAUGAAUUCCCCUUGUCUGAUCUUUUAAAUUUAGAAAUAAAAUGGACUUCUGAGUCGGAGAAAUUUGGGUCUAGUUUUUCAGAAGAGCCUUCAGUUUGGCAACAAAGUAGUUUGAACUUGGCUGGAGUUGAUCUUGACAACUUUUUUGCUGAGGGGGAGGAAAGGAAUGCUUCCGAUGCAUUGGAAGAGCAAAUAGUACCAAAGAAAGUCGAUGAAAUUACAGGGAGUACUACACAUGGUAACGACAAGCUUAAAUCGUUUGAGAAUAUUCAGCAUUCUGAAACAACUGUGAGGUCUGAGGAAGUUAAUGGCAAUAUCAACUUCUUUGAGAAUGUUCAGCCUUCUGAGGCAGUUCCAAGGUCUACUGAAGAUGACUCUUUUACUGGUUGGGAGGCCGAUUUUCAUUCUGCAGAUUCUGGAACUCAUCAUGAGGAGUCCAAAUCGGUUGAUGCUUUUCCCAGCUCCUCAGUGGAUCUUUCUGGUCACUUGGAUACAGUGUUUGGAUCUAAAGUAGAUCCUUCUGAUGUAAAGGCAAUGGAGGAUGCAAUUUCUUCUACAUCCAACGCAGAUGGCUUGUUUUCGCAUAAUACAUGGCAUACAUCCAACUCUGACAUAGCUGGUGAGGACAAGCAAUUUGAAGUAGCCAUAAGUGACACGCAUGUUGGACAAGUGGAGUAUGAAAAUGCUUCUUCUACCACUGUUGAUUGGACUCAAGGAGAUAAAUGGCAAAAUAGUGGAAGCAAGGAGUCAGAGGACAAAGCCAUGGAUGAUGAUGAUUCACUUGAUGCUUGGAACGAGUUUACAAGUUCAACUGGUGCUCAAGGUAAUCCCAGUAGUUCUUCGAAGCCAAUUGUUAAUCACCUGGCACCUUCUGCCGAAUUGACUUUGGAAAUGAACUUGUUCAGUAGUGCCGUGGACUUGCCAAAUCACAAAACCACGGAUAAAGAUGAUGGUUUUGAUGCUUGGAAUGAUUUCACGAGCUCAAAAGGUGCGCAAGAUCCAUCUAAGAGUUCUGGGAAACCAACUGUUGAUGACAUGAUGCCCUCUCCUGGAGCAAGCUUUUUCAGCAGUGCCAACAGCUUGCAAGAUACCAAGGCCAUGGGAAAAGAUGACGAUUUGGUUGAUUGGGAUGGCUUCCCUAGCUUAACUGGUGCGCAUGAUCCUUUGGAGAGUUCUUCGGAACAAACAGUUAACCACGUGAAAACCUCUGGUGAACAGAACUCAGAGAUAAACUUGUUGAGCGGUGAAAAACAAUCACAGAAUUUCGAUAUUGGCAGCUUCUUCCAACCAGAGUUAUUUUCAGGAGUACCAAGGAAUCAAAGCAGUUCUACAGAAUUGAUAUCUGUGCAGUCGGAAGCUUCGGUUUCUGAGAGGAUGGCAGAUGUAAAUGUCAGAGGUGGAGGGAGUGCUGAAGAAGAAGCAAAAGAUGGAGAUGUAGAGAUGUUGAUGUCACAGAUGCAUGAUCUCUCGUUUAUGCUUGAAAACAAACUCACAAUACCCACUAAACUAGAUGGUUCUGCUUCAUUCUCUAAAGAUUAGAUCCAAUUUCUUUAUUAGUAAUAAUUAUCAUUGAUUUAAUUUGUUCAACAUUUUAUGAUGUUUGUCCAUCUGUUUUCUAUGCUAGAUGGCUUUGAUUUCCUGGUUUUUUGCUCAGCAACUUUUAGUUGGCUGGGCUGGGUAGUUUGUGAAAGUCUGAUAAAAAAGCACAUUCGCUCUUGUAGCUGACUACAAUUUUGCUUAUAAUUUUUAAUUUGGCUCCUCAUGAGGGUGAGUUUUAGCCAAAA